AUGGAUUAAAAUCAUCUAAAAUUAAACUUUAGUCAAUUCAUUGUAGAGAAACAAAAUUCAUAUACUGAUGAUUAUAAACUAGGAGUAAUUUGAAUAUAUAAAUAAAGGGUGUAUUGGGUGUAGGAGCAUUUUCAUAAGUAAGAAAAGUCACACAUCGUAAAACAAGAACAAUUCGUGCAAUGAAAGUAUGAUUAGAAAUAAAUUUGUAGGUAAUCAGCAAAUCAAGAUUAUCAACAGCAGAAUUAUAAUAAAAGUUUAUAAAUGAAAUAAAUGUUUAUAAGUAAUUAGACCAUCCACACAUACUUAAACUAUAUGAAUUUUAUCAGGAUGAGAAAAACUAUUACAUUAUCAUCGAAUUAUGUACAGGGUAUGAGAUACCAUAUGAAUUAGUGGUGAAUUAUUUGAUAAGAUAAUAGAAAAAGGAAGUUUUUCUGAAAAGGAAGCUUCUUACAUAAUGAAAUAAAUAAUGUCAGCAAUACUUUAUGCUCAUAAUUAAAAUAUUGUUCAUAGAGAUUUGAAACCAGAAAAUGUGUUAUUAGAUAUAACUAGUUAAGGAAAUUAUAAUGUAAAAGUAGUUGAUUGGGGAACUGCUAAAAUCUUUUCACCUAACUAAUAAAUAAAUGAAAAAUUUGGAACUCUUUAUUAUAUGGCUCCAGAGGUUUUGAGACGUAAUUAUAAUGAAAAAUGUGAUAUUUGGUCUUGUGGAGUAAUAUUAUAUAUUCUUUUAUCUGGUACACCUCCAUUUAAUGGUAGAACAGAUGCAGAGAUUUAAAAAAGUAUUUUGAAUGGGAAAUAUUCAUUAGAAGUAAUGAUGUAUUUUUAUUUGGAUAGGGUGAAGUAUGGGAUAUAGUUAGUUAACAAGCAAAAGAUUUAGUUACAAAAAUGUUAUAAUAUGAUGUUUAAAAGAGAAUUAAUGCAAAAUAAGUGUUGGAACAUAAUUGGUUUUAAUAAUAACAUUAAGAAAAGUUGGAUAAAUAAGUUGUAUAAGGUAGAUUAAAGAAUUUAAUGAAUUUCAGAGCAGAGUAAAAAUUACAAUAAGCAACAUUGAUAUUUAUUGGAACCACAAUGAUUUCAAAGGAAGAAAAAAAUUAAUUAGUAGUUAUAUCAUUAUUAAAAAGAUGUAAGCUUUUAAAGAGAUGGAUUAAAAUGGAGAUGGAAUCCUGUCUAAGGAGGAAAUAUUAGAGACAUAUAAAAAAUAUAUGGAUGAUGAAACAGCAUUAUAAGAGGUAUAAAAAAUAAUGGAAUUGGUUGAUAUGGAUGGAUCAGGAACUAUUGAUUACACUGAAUUUAUAAUAGCAUCUAUGGAUAGAAGAAAAGCAAUGUAAAAAGAAAAAUUGAAAGAAGUAAUAAUAAUAUUCUUAUAAUAAAAAAAGGCAUUUUAAAUAUUUGAUAAAGAUGGAAAUGGAUUUAUAUCAGAACUUGAAAUAAAAGAAGUAUUAGGACCAUCAUUAACUGAUAUUGAUGAGAAAUAUUGGUUGGAUAUGAUAAAGGAAAUAGAUAAAAAUGGUGAUGGUUAAAUUAGUUUUGAAGAAUUUUGUGAGAUGAUGAUGAAAAUCGUUUAAUGA